GGGCGGCGCUGGGAGGGCGGCGCGGGCUCCGGCGUGCGGCCCGGGCUCGGCCUGGCGGCCGCAGGUGCGCUCCCGGCAGGAAGUAGCCCCGCAGAAAGAAGAAAUUGUCGAACAAUAAUAUGAAGUCAAAUAGAACUCCACUUUCUGUCAGUUCAGGUCCAGAAAGUCCAAGUAAACCGUUGCCGUCUUUCACCUGAAGUAUCCUUUGUUUCAUUAUGCAGAAGACCCAGUUUUUCUAAUGCUCAUAAUGUCAGAAGGGAAAUCUGACGGAAAAAGACCUCGUAGAAGUUUAUCAGUCAGCAAAACUAAAAAUAAAGGAUCCAAUUCUAUUAUUUCAUGUUUUAACAAUGUACCACCUGCUAAACUUGCCUGCCCCAUUUGUAGUAAAAUGAUACCAAGAUACGACUUAAACCAGCAUCUUGACGAAAUGUGUGCUAACAAGGAUGAUGCCAUUCAGAUUAAUCCGGCUCAUGCUGGCUUACCCCCAAAGAAUUCAGCACCCCUAAAGAGGAGUUUAAGCCCUGGCCAAAGUGAUUCAGCAGGAAAGAGCAUAAAACAGCAGACCAGUUCCUAUUUUAAAAGUAAUGAUGAUUUUGUGUGUAGAAAUCAAGAUGAGCUGAGAAACCGUAAUGUGAAAGUCAUUCCUUUGGGAACCCUGUCAUCCAAAUUAUCUAGAAGGUACAGAAAGGCUAAAAAAGCAGUGGAGAAGAAUGAGGAGUGUGAGACUCACAGAGCUACAGAUUCACAGAAUUCUUUGCCCACAGUGGUUAAGAGCCUGGUUGACAACUCUUCAGAGAUUGAGGACACGGAUCAAAUUUUGGAGAACUCAUCUCAAAAGGAAAACAUUUUUGUGUGUGAUUCUCUUCAAGAAGAGAGUGCUCCUGAACAUACUGAAGGAGUCAGUAAGAUAAUGGAAGCCGACAGCCAGAUGGCUACGCAAGAAUGUGGGGAGUCAGCCCUCACCUCUGGCUUCUCAGAUAAUGCUCUUAUAUUCUCUUCACCAGAUUUAACUCUUGGGAAUGAAUUAAAGUCUACUUCACAAGACAGCCUUGAAGAGCAGGAGAGUAUCAAAGGACUAGAUGGUCAAGGUGAUGAAAAAUGUGAGGUAGAAAGUUGUAAAGAAGUAAAAAUGACUGCUGCUACAGAAACAAAAACACAGUUAUCAGAUUUGGAAGGAAACUCUCUGAGCUCUGCAAGUGAUGCUUCUAAGGGAAGUAACAUCCAGGCAGUUCCUCUGGAAGGUGACAGUGGCUUACAGGAUGAAGCCAUUCACAGCGUUGCUUUGGAGCAGGAGCCAGCCCGUGAUGUUCCUGGUACAACAACUCCAGCACCAUCGAGUCAUCCUUAUUACCUUCGGAGUUUCCUGGUGGUACUGAAAGCUGUACUUGAGAAUGAAGAUGAUUUGAUGCUCUUUGAUGAACAUGAGAAGGGAAUUGUAGCUAAAUUUUAUCAGUUAUCAGCUAGCAGUCAGAAGUUAUAUGUACGACUUUUUCAACGUAAAUUAAACUGGAUUAAAAUGAACAAAUUAGAAUAUGAAGAGAUUGCCCCAGAUUUAAGGCCUGUGAUUGAAGAACUGAAGGAAGCAGGCUUUCUACAGACAGAAUCUGAGUUGCAAGAACUCUCUGAAGUGCUUGAGCUACUUUCUGCCCCCGAGCUGAAAGCCCUGGCCAAGAUCUUCCACUUGGUGAACGCCAGCGCGCAGAAGCAGCAGUUGGUGGACUCCUUUCUCAAACUGGCCAAGCAGCGUUCAGUCUUCACUUGGGGCAACAAUCAGCCUGCAAUUGGAGCAGUGAUUUUAAAAAGAGCUAAAGACUUGGCCGGCCAGUCCCUGAGAGUCUGUAAAGGCCCCAGGGCUGUGUUUUCCCGCAUCUUGCUGCUGUUUUCGUUGACGGACUCGAUGGAAGAUGAAGAAGCUGCAUGUGGUGGACAGGGACAGCUUUCUACUGUACUGCUAGUCAACCUCGGCCGGAUGGAGUUUCCUAGUUACACCGUCAGUCGGAAAACCAGAAUCUUCCAAGAUAGAGAAGAUCUCAUCAGGUACGCAGCAGCUGCACACAUGCUGAGUGACAUUUCUGCUGCGAUGGUCAGUGGGAACUGGGAUGAAGCCAGGGAGCUUGCGCAGCGUGCACAGAAGGAUUGGAACCAACUGAAGAACCACCCUUCCCUGAGAUACCAUGAGGACUUACCACUCUUCCUGCGGUGUUUUACUGUUGGGUGGAUUUAUACAAGGAUUUUGUCUCGAAGCGUUGAAAUAUGGCAGAGACUUCACAUGUAUGAGGAAGCGGUCCAGGAACUUGAAAACCUUUUGUCCCAGAAGAUUUACUGUCCUGAUAGCAGAGGCCGAUGGUGGGACAGGCUGGCGCUUAAUUUACACCAGCAUCUGAAACGCCUGGAACCGGCUAUUAAGUGCAUCGCAGAAGCGUUGGCGGAUCCGGCUGUAAGAACAGGACAUCGGCUCUCACUCUAUCAGAGAGCUGUGCGCCUGAGAGAGUCUCCGAGCUGUAAAAAGUACAGGCAUCUCUUGUACAAACUGCCGGAAAUCACUGUGGGGGACGUGAAACAUGUGACCAUCACUGGCAAGGUGUGCCCGCAGAGUGGGCCGGGGAAGUCGGUGUUUGUGAUGGAGACCAGGGAGGCCGAUGUCCCUGCCACGGUGCUGUGUUCAGUUGAGGAGCUGGCGCUGGCCCAUUACAGAUGCAACGGCUUUGACCAGGGGAAGGGGUGAUGCUAUUGGGGAAGAUGUGCAAACACCAGGAAGACAGAGAUACACUAGACCUGAAAAGGUUCCAGAUGCAAGAGCGGAAUGAAAGUUCCAGUCCCCAGGGAAGUCGUAGGCAGCUUGGAGAAGGCACAGUUGCUGCGGGAGUGACCAGGCCCAGGUGGCCAGGACUGCCAGGUGGUGGUCAGGGUGCAACCUGAGCUCAGAGAAAUGCGUCAGUUUAGCUGUGAACCUGAAAAACACGUGGACGAUUCCAUCUCCGCGAUACAGAGUGUUCUUCCACCUACUGAAGUCGACUCAGUGGGAAUGAGCUGAGCUUUGCUGUCCAUCUUUGUUCUCAAGGGGGUUGUGCGAGGACAGUCUUAGACCCCUGCAGGGAAGCGCGUUUCCGAGCUGCUCAGAAGCAUCACUAAAAAUGAUUUUGCUUCUAGUCCAAGCUCAGCAUGGACCACUGAGGAGUGCAGGAGUGGUGUUACCUGCCGGGUUCCUGACUUUCAUGUCCACACCAGGACAGAAAGCAUAUUGGAAAUCAAGUCCUGGCUUUACUCCUGGCUGGGCAAGAGCCCAGUCUCCAAGCCCAGAGCUUUCUAGUAAAAGAGGAUCUGGCUUCAGCUGGGAGGCUGGGUGGUCCUGUUGUUCCCGCUGCAGUCCUUUGGAGUCGAGGACAUCCGAACAAGGAUGAGGGGCUAGAGCGGAGCGUGAGAGUCUUGCCGAUGAGGGGCUCUGGUCUUGCCCGAUGCACUUUCAUGUGGGCGUGGAGCACCGGUGGGCAGGCAGCCUGGGCUGCGCUAGGGCCUGCACGCAGAGACACUACCUGUAUAUGUGUGCCGUAACAAAGAUAACCCAUUCCCAAACGGGAUAAUAACCAGCAUAGAGGUUAGGAUUUACAACACACAUUUUGGGGUGCACAGUUCAAUCCACAACAAGGCCCAAGCUGUUUGUUCCACUCCAGACCCAUCCUCUUGCUUUUUAUAUGACCUCUGGGUAGGUGGGUUUGCUUCCCAGUCAGUAAAGUCCGUAGGUGGUCUUAGGGGUGAAGGUUUCUGUGAAAACUUUGUUAAAAACACUGGAAGUACAUAGUGCAAUGCUCGGUUGAACGGGAUGAGUAGAAACACCUGGGCUCAGAGGCCCCCGGGCCCUGGGACACUGCCCAGCCUCGGCUUUCCCACCCUGCUCCCAGGGCCUGGUCAGCAGCUGGGCUCCGAAGGGCCUCAGCCUCCUCCUGGCUUCUCACAGUGGGUGGGGGGACGCCUGCAGCGUGAGAGUGGAAUGGCUACAGCUGUUUGUUUUUGACUUCCUCCUUGGGUUAUCACUAAAGGCUAAGAAUCACGGCUACCUUGAAAUGUUGGUUUGAGCUUGUCCGUGAUUACCGAGUUGUGAAUAAAUGAGGCUUCUAUAUGUAAACAAUACCGAGUAUAGAAGAUGAGCUAGGAGUGGCGCAAAGGCAGCGCUUGCUUCUGAAUCUAGAGCAUUGAAUAGGAAUUGAGUAUGCAGUGGGUUACGGCCGUAGUUUUUUUAAAACCGUUAAAGCCGUAUGACUUUUGUCAGGGAUCCAUGGGGAAGGGUCCACCUUCAGCACCCUGUACGGCCUUCUCCUGUGGGAUGUCAUCUUCAUGGACGGGAUUCCAGACGUCUUCAGGAACGCCU